UAAAAAGUUUUGCUUAUUUAUUCCCGUUCUUUGUCCGUUCGAUUUCACAUUUUAAUUUCCAGAUUUUUUUUUUGUUUCGUUUGAUUUUCACCGGGAAAAUCUCUAAACUCCUCUUUCCAUUGCUGAGAUCGAAAGUGGUGUUGAAGAGUUCGCAAAAAAUCUUUAUGUUCUUGUUUGCUUAAUUCCACAACAAGUAUGAGAAACGUGAAUAACACCGUCGAGACGGUGAACGCUGCCGCUUCUGCCAUCGUCUCCGCCGAGUCUCGAGUCCAACCUUCUUCAGCAGUACAGAAGAAAAAAUGGGGAAGCUGGUGGAGUUUGUACUGGUGUUUCGGAUCCCAAAAGAACAACAAACGGAUCGGUCACGCGGUUCUCGUACCCGAACCUGUCGCAUCCGGAUCAGCUCCGGUGGCUCCAGUCCAAACCUCAUCGAGCAACUCAGCAUCAAUAUUCCUUCCUUUUAUAACUCCUCCUUCCUCUCCAGCAUCGUUUCUACAGUCAGGUCCUUCCUCUGUCUCCCACACUCCUCAUAAUAGUACCGGUCUACUUUCCUUUACCGGUCGCAACGAACCGGCUUCAGCCUUUGCUAUUGGGCCUUACGCUAACGAAACUCAGCCCGUGACUCCACCCGUCGACUCCGCCGUCGCGACUGCGCCGUACACGCCGCCUCCGGAGUCAGGUCAGGUGUCUUCUUGCGCGACGCCUUCUUCCCCUGAGGUUCCUUUCGCUCAGUUGCUCACCUCUUCGCUGGAGCGAGCUAGGAGGAACGGCGGCGGUGGAGUGAGUCGGAAGUUUUCGGCCGGGCACUACGAGUUUCGGUCGCAUCAAGUGUAUCCAGGGAGUCCUGGCGGUGGUAAUCUGAUCUCUCCUGGCUCGGUGGUUUCGAACUCUGGUGCUUCUUCUCCUUACCUUCCUGGUAAGUGCUCCAUCGUCGAGUUUCGUGUCGGGGAGCCUCCGAAGUUUCUGGGGUUUGAGCACUUCACGGCGCGAAAAUGGGGGUCGAGGUUCGGUUCCGGGUCGAUCACGCCUGCUGGUGGUCAAGGUUCGAGGUUGGGUUCGGGUGCUUUGACUCCUGACGGUGGUGGAAGUGGGGGAGGACUUGGGUCGAAGCUAGCUUCUGGUGCUGUGACGCCAAAUGGUGGAGAGAUGGUGGUGGUGGUGGGCAGUCUUUUGGAUAGUCAGAUCUCUGAGGUUGCGUCUUUAGCCAAUUCUGAUGAUGACGUGUCGUCAGGUGGCGCCGUUGCUCAUAGAGUGUCGUUUGAGUUGACUGGUGAAGACGUUGCGCGUUGCUUUGCAAGCAAGCUAUACGGAGUGGGGUUAGAUGAUGGUUUAUUGCAUGAGAAAGGGAGUGAGGAUACUAACAAAUGGAGUGACUCUGUUUCUGGUAACGAACUGAGUCAGAAGUUAAAAACGUUUUCGUUAGGGUCGAGCAAAGAGUUCAAGUUUGAUAACACGAAAGAAGAGAUGAUAGAGAAGACAGCUGAGUGGUGGGUGAAUGAGAAGGUUGCAGGAAAAGGUGAUAACAGUUGGAGUUUCUUUCCUGUGUUACGGUCUGGAGGAUUCAGUUGACUAACUGAGUCUGGAGGAUUAGCAGAAGGAAACAAACCAAUCACCACUAACAUUGGUAAGCAGGUCAGGUCAGUGAUCUGGUAAAGAUAUUGGGUUCUAACAACAACCAUACGUCUAUAUGUAGUUUUGCAUUGUGGGAAUCUAUGUUGUACUGAUAUGAUAUAUAUAAUAAUAUUCUUUGGAUCA